AUUUUGUGUUUUUUCGUUCUAAACCCUAAGUCUUGUGAAACGGAAGAAACCCUAAUUCUUUCAUUUCCGAUGGUAAAAACUGGAAUUCCUGAAAAGAUCGACAAAUUGGGGGUUUUGCAUGCGAAAAAGGACGUAUUUGAAGCGGGAGAUCGAUGUUUUCCCUCAGCAAUUUUCCGAUCGGAGCGUAUAAAUGUUUGUUCUCAGACGAUUUUGAUCCAGGUAUGUUGUUUUUUGCCCGUUUCUGGUGAUUGAUUCAUUUUACUUGCACGAAGGGUUCGGAUCUCGAUAGGAGAUGGAUUUCAUAGAUUUGCAUGUGUUUUUGGGGCGUUAAUUUCGGAGUUUUAUUGAUUUUUGUUUUGGGAUUUUGGUGUCAGAUCUGAAACUAGGGUUUGGAUUAGAGAAACUUGUUUGAUGGAAGAUGAAAAUUUGGGGGUUUUGGUUCUUCUUAUGUGGUUCGAGGUUCCGUAGAUGGAAAAUAGCGUAGACAACUCUCAUGUCUCUGAAACUUCUAAGAAAUCUAGAUCUUUGGAUCUUCGAAGUCUCUACGUUGAUAAGUCUGGGGUUUCUGUUAGCAAAGAAGGGGCCGAAGGUGGGGAGCUAAAGAGUAAAAAACAGGAGUCCGUCGAAAAAGAGGUAGGUGUUGGGCAGGGUAAGAAGAAAAGGAAGAGUCGGAAAGAGGUGCUUCUCAGUAGUUUCGAACCCGUUAAUAAGAAGAGCAGAAAUAGUUUAGAUUCAGUACAUGACAAUGGUUUGAAUUUGGGAUCCCUGGAUUCGAGCAAUUCAGAUUCAAAAUCAAAGUAUCUAUGUUUAGACCAAAAGAAUCAAGCAAAGAAUAAAGAUGUCCAACUUUUGGCGGAUGAGGAUUUGCACAAAUUGAGUGGUUUCAACAACGUUUCACACAGUUUGGAUGAGAGUAUCCCGAAACGACGCCGAGGUUUUUUGAGGCGUAAGAAAUUCCAAAACAAUCAUGCCUUGGAACAGGUGGCUGCAUCAAGUGAUAAAGUCAGCUAUGAUACAAAGAUACUUGAGUUAAAUGGUGAUUCUGUCAACCCUAUACCUUCUUCUGAAGGAAAACAGAAAAAGGUUUCUGAUGGUUUUGAUGAGAAUAGCUCCAGUAGAGCUAAUUCAGCUAGGCAUGUGAAGCUAGAGGGCGUGAAUGCUAUUAGAUCCAAUGGCAGUCCAUCCCCAAAAAGUGUUCAAAAGAAUCAAAGAAAGAGGUGGGAAUUAGCAUCACAGAAACAAAGCUGUGUAGAUGAUUUGGAGCCAUUGGUUGAUAACUCUGACAAGAUUUGUGAGGAUUUGCAAGAAGAUGAUGAGGAGAACCUUGAGCAGAAUGCUGCAAGAAUGUUGUCUUCUCGGUUUGACCCAAGCUGUACCAGGUUUACUGGAAACAGUAAGGCUUCUUCUGCAUCACAGUCUAUGAAUGGGUUUUCGUUGCUGCCUUCAGUUCAUCAGGAUUUCUUGAGUCGGGGGGCAAAUAAUUCAGUUGGGUCUGACUCCACAUCUGUUGAUGCUGCAGGCAGAGUGUUGCGUCCCAGAAAACAACACAAAGAGAAGGGUAUUGUGAGGAAGAGACGCCACUUUUAUGAGAUAUUUUCUGGGGACUUGGAUGCAUACUGGUUUCUAAACCGAAGGAUCAAAGUCUUUUGGCCAUUGGACAAGAGUUGGUAUUUUGGUGUUGUUAAUAAUUAUGAUCCAGAGAGGAAGCUGCAUCAUGUUAAAUAUGAUGACCGUGAUGAAGAAUGGAUUGACCUCCAAAAUGAGAGAUUCAAACUCUUGUUACUCCCCAGUGAAGUUCCUGGUAAGUCUGGUCCAGAAAAAUCAGUGCAGGGAGGUAAACAUGUAGAUGUGGAAGAUGUGAAUGAGGAAGAUAGCAAUUGUAUAGGCACCUAUAUGGAUUCAGAGCCCAUCAUUUCAUGGUUGGCUCGAUCAACUCGUCGCAUAAAAUCUUCCCCACUUGGUGUUGUGAAGAGGCAGAAAAAAUCCUGCCCAUCUAAGGACCAAAUGCUGCCUGUUGUUGAUAAUCCAGUCAGUCCCCCACAAAGGUGUUUCGCUGCAGGCCCCUCUAGAACGGAUAAUAAUGAAAUAUUUUGUAAUUCUGUGUUGCAAGAUUGUUCAUUUCAUGGAGAAAUGGCUGAGAAGCCUGUGACGAGCAUCACAUGCUCUGAUCAGAAAAGGCUUCCAUUUGUUUAUUUCAGGAAGCGGUUUCGCAAGAGAGGGCAGGCAAUGGGUUGUACAUCUGAAGAGGCUUCUGGACACAGAAGUUUAUCUGGUUCUGUUACUUCUCUUGCUUUGGUUGUUGACAGGGUAGGAGCACUGGAAGAGUGUGAUGUUACUCUCGAAGGCUCUUGCCUGAAAGAUUGGAAAUCCUUAAAUUGUGAUAGCAUAUUGUGGGAUGGUGAGAACCUUGGGUUGUUAAGGAUGACUAUACUUCUUGAGAAAUUGAAACAAGUUAAACUGAUGUUAAGCUUCCUGCCCCGAUGGAGCCACAUUCUUUCAUUUGAAGCUGAGAAAUUUUGGCUGUACCGUACUGUGUUGCUGCUUCACUGUGGUACAGUAACGACCCCUUGGCCAAAGGUUUAUUUGGAGAUGCUUUUUGUUGAUAAUGUUGCUGGGUUGAGGUUUAUAUCAUUCGAAGGCUGCUUGACGCAGGCAGUGGCUUUUAUAUGUUUGGUCCUGACUGCUUUUUGCCAGUCUGAGUAUGGAGAGCUUGUACAUUUGCAGUUGCCAGUGACAUCAAUUAGGUUUAAGCUUUCUGGCUUUCAGGAACUUGAAAGGCAAUUUGUGUUUGUUGUCUACAACUUCUUGGAGGUAAAAAAUUCAAAGUGGUUGUACCUGGAUUCUAGACUGAAGAAAUACUCUUUGGUUAGUAUGCAGCUUCCUCUUGCUGAAUGCACAUAUGAUAAUAUUAAGCUUCUUCAGAAUGGCAGUGCUCAGUUGCGAGUUCCUCCCACUUGCGGGGAGCUCAUUUCUCAUGAGAGUUCGAGGAAAAGAUCUAGGCAGGGUAUUAUGCAAAUUGGUGUCUCCAAAGAAUUGGCUUCCAUUGACUUAAGAUGUCAAGAUUCAAAUUCUGAUGAGAAUCACUGGAGACUUCCUUCCUUUGUACUUUCUUUUGCUGCUGCACCCACUUUCUUUCUCAGCCUGCAUCUCAAGAUGCUUGUGGAAAAUAAUGUUGCCUCUUUGAGUUUCCAGAACCAGAACUCAAUGUCCUUACUGGAGGGUCCAGAUUGUGGCAGACCAAUGUGCGAUGAAAGCAUUCCUAUCGAGGUUAUACCUACUGAAAUCUCAGAAGUGGCCGUUAAAAAUAAUAGGAGUACUUUGAAGACUGCUGCUGGGUCUAGAUGGUUGUCUUGUUCCAAAAUGAAGGUAGAGACUGAUGCUCUCUCCAUAGGCAGUGAUGGUGAUUGGAUAAAGACCUCUAAGAAAUAUCUAAAUGGUGAGCUUAAUGUAACUAGAACUUCUGUAGAUCCCAAAGAUUCAGGGAAGAACAGGAUUGAUGGCAUUGAUGGACUGCAACAGAAUUUGUCUCAUUAUGCAGGAUCAGAACAAUGUAGUGAAAAGUCAUGGCCUUCACUUUCUGAGCAUCGAUCUUCUCCAGAUAACUCUGAAAGUCGGUGCUUCUCUUUGGAUGGUGUUAAUGUUCAGAGUCCGCCUCUUGGCCAAGUUGAAAACCAGCAUUUUGAUAGGGAAACACAGAACAAUCAGCAGUCUUCUAUUGAUUCACCAUGGACCAUGAAUGACUUUGGCAUUCGGAGCCCAAAUCCUACUGCACCGCGUAGUGUAUGGCAUCGGAACAGACAUAGCUUUGGUUCUUCAUCCCUUGGCUACAGAUCAAAAGUGUGGCCUGAUGGAAAGGCAGAUUUUGCUCUGAGUGGAUUUGGGAAUGGUUCUAGGAAACCACGGACUCAGGUCUCAUAUUUAUUGCCAUUUGGAGGUCAGGAGUUUGGCUCAAAGCCUAGAAGUCAUCAACGGAAAGGACGUCCUUAUAAAAGGAUUAGGACUGACAAUGAGAAGAGAAUGUCUGUUGGGUCUAGAAGUCCACAGAGACACCCAGAAGUGUUGUAUUGUGAUGCAAAUGUUUUGAUUACUGCAGGGGACAGAGGAUGGAGAGAGAGUGGUGCACAGGUUGUGUUAGAGUUUGUUGACCAUAAGGACUGGAGAAUUCUGGUCAAAAUUUCUGGGGCUACAAGGUAUUCAUAUAAGGCACACCAGUUUCUGCAGCCUGGGACAACAAAUCGCUAUACUCAUGCUAUGAUGUGGAAGGGAGGGAAGGAUUGGAUCUUGGAAUUUCCGGACAGGAGCCAGUGGGCCAUUUUCAGGGAGUUGCAUGAAGAGUGUUUCAAUCGGAAUAUUCGGGCUGCUACUGUUAAGAACAUUCCUAUUCCUGGGGUUCGCUUGAUUGAGGAGAGUGAUGAUAAUGCAGUAGAGGCACCAUUUAUUCGCAGUUUAAAGUAUUUUCGGCAGGUUGAGACUGAAGUUGAGAUGGCUAUGAAUCCUUCACAUGUUUUAUAUGACAUUGAAAGUGAUGAUGAUGAGUGGAUUUCAAAACAUCAAAAUUCUUCUGAUAUUGAUGUGUGUAAUCUGCCACAGAUUUCUGAUGAUAUGUUUGAAAGGACGAUGGAUAUGUUUGAGAAAGUUGCAUAUGCUCAGCAGCGUGAUAGCUUUUCAUCCGAUGAAAUUGAGGAGCUGAUGGUUGGAGUAGGGCCCGUUGAUGUAAUUAAAUCCAUACAUGAACAUUGGAAGCAAAAGAGGCAGAAGAAAGGAAUGCCUCUGAUCCGGCAAUUUCAGCCUCCUUUGUGGGAGAGGUAUCAGCAACAAGUUAAAGAGUGGGAGUUGGCAAUAAAUAAAAUUCACAACUUUCCUAAUGGAGGGAAGGAUAAGGCUCUGAUAAUUGAGAAGCCACCUAUGUUUGCUUUCUGUAUGCGACCACGGGGUUUGGAAGUGCCUAACAAGGGUUCAAAACAAAGGUCUCAAAGGAAGUUUGCAGCCGGUGGUGGGCAUAAUAAUGCUUUCUCCAGAGAUCAUGAUGGUUUGCAUGGUUUAGGGAGAAGAUUAAAUGGGUUUUCCCUUGGAGAGGACAGGUGUGUCAUUACUGGUCAGAGCCACGAGGAUGCUUCCCCUUGGAUCCAGACAUCAACAAGGGCACUAUCACCCCGAGAUGCUAUUAGCACGGGUUAUCUGUCAAUGAGCAGUGAUGGUUCUGAGAGGAAUCACCACUUAAAACUUCACAAAAACAAGUCAAAGAAGGCAGGGGCGUUUCUAUUGCCAAGUGAUUCACAAAUGAUGGUUAAGGCAUACAGUCAAAAGAUGACAGAGAAGAGAAAUGAGGCAUACCGGUGGAAUAUGGGUCUACCUGAGUGGACUACUCGGAAGCAAUACCACUCAGAAGUGUCCCAGAGGCGCAGAGUUGAACAGCUGGGUCCUUGUGAUCUUGACGAGUUCAGGUUGCGGGAUGCAUCAGGUGCAGCUCAGCAUGCAUUCAACAUGGCCAAACUCAAGAGAGAAAAAGCUCAGCGAUUGCUUUACAGGGCAGAUCUUGCAAUUCACAAGGCUGUCGUUGCUCUUAUGACUGCUGAGGCGAUAAAAGCAUCGUCUGAGAAGGAACCUGCUGAUGAUGGGUAGACUUUACAAAUGAAUCUCAAAUGACCUGUGGAUAUGUAUGAUCUCAGGCUUCAGCAAGACAUCUCAGGCAAUGGCGGUCAAUCUGGUUUCCAAAGUCUCUUAAUAGGGGACCUUGGUGCUGUUUUUGCUUGAGUAGCGCUGAGUUUUGCUUUAUCAUGAGCACGGGGGGUUUAACUUGGGGGCCGUUGCUCGUCAUUUGUGAUGGAUUCCAAGUGAACUUUUGACACGGCGGCUGUUUGCAGUGAAGAGAGGUCAUUAUCGAGGCAGUUUUGGUGCACAGUUGCCAAGCGGUUUCUCCACUUUUUUGGGAGGUUAAUAGGUAUUUUAUAUUAAAUGGGGAGCGUAUUAAUGCUCCCGGAGGGAAAAAAAGGGUGUGUAGAAUUUUGGUUGCUGAUCUUUCUUUGUACAGUAUUUUUUCUUUUUGUUCUGUUUAUCCCCUCAAUCCGGUUAAGUAUUUUGCCAAUGAUAGUGCAAUUGGCCAAAAUAAUACAAUACAUCUUGGAAUCAAACAAAGAUAUUCGUUUCCUUUCAA